CCCCGGCCGGGCACCCCCUGAGCCCAAGAGCUCGCUUGGAGCCCGUGAGCCAUCAGCCCACGGGAUAAGACUCCGCGUUGAUCGUCGCUGGAUUGGCCGCCCCAGCGGACAUCGGAACGGCAAUGAAGCUCUGCCUCUUUAUCCUCCUCAUAUGCUCCUCCUGCGCAUACGCCGGCUUCGGACCCCCGCCAAAUCCGCAGGAACUCAUAAGACUCCUCUAUGGGAACCCCUGUGACUGCGGUGGAGGUACGACCACGAUUACCCCCUCCUCUUAUACUAAAACAAUUGACUGCUCCUCAAAAAUAGCCUACCUAGCCUAUAGUCAAACAUACUCAGGGAUUUCAGAACAACAAUGGACCUGUGUGUCCAAGCCCACAAUUAUUCCCUCCACACAGGGCCGUCCUGGGCCUUGUCCUAGCAGCUGUUUGAGUGCAGUCUACACAGCAAUCCAUUCAAGCUGCUACACCUCUGCUCAGUUAUGCACCCUUAAUAAUCAAACCUAUUACACUGCCAUCUUAGAAAGAAACUACCCUGGUACCUUUGGCAGUAUCUUAGAUGGAGAAAAAUAUGCUCAGGCAUCUUGCUUGGGAACUGUUGGAAAGGACGUAUGCUGGCACACCGUUGCCCCAAUUCAUAUAUCGGACGGUGGGGGCCCCAGCGACAUUCAAAAACAAUCCCAAGUCUCUCACCGCCUAGAGGAACUUGCCUGACCCCUAUAUCCUCUCUUAGAUUAUCAUCCACUUGCUCUCCCCAAACCCAGAGAUAUUGCUCUAGACCCACAGAGACAAAAUAUUCUCAAAGCCACAUUCUCUCUAUUAAAUACCACUAAUCCCUCCCUUGCACAAGAUUGCUGGCUAUGCAUGACCUCUGGUACGCCCUUGCCUACCGCGAUCCCCACCUAUAACGUUUCCUACAUGCCCCUUGACGAUAAGACCAAUUGUUCAUUCUCACCCCCUUUCAGAGUACAACCUUCAGGCUUUAAUUCCUCCGGUUGCCUCCAAGGACCAUUUCAAAAUAACUCUUACGAUGUUGAGGUUGGAUUUAUUACCUUCUCUAACUGCCAUACCAUAACCAACAUCUCCACCCCUGUUUGCUCUCCUCCGGGUCAGGUAUUUGUCUGUGGGGGCAACCUCGCCUACACUGUACUCCCCACCAAUUGGACAGGCCUCUGCAUUUUAGCGAGCCUCCUCCCUGACAUCUCCAUUAUCCCCGGGGAGGAACCUGUUCCCCUCCCUAGUUUUGACCUUGUGGCGGGACAUCACCGACGCGCCCUCCACUUCAUUCCCUUGCUUAUAGGUUUGGGUAUAGCAACUGCUAUGGCCACUGGAGGUGCAGGAGUCGGGGUUGCUACCCAUACCUAUAAUAAGUUGUCCCUCCAGUUAAUCAAUGAUGUUCAAACUCUUUCUGGGACCAUCAAUGACCUACAAGACCAAAUUGAUUCACUGGCUGAGGUUGUCUUACAAAAUCGCAGAGGAUUAGACUUACUAACUGCGGAACAGGGAGGAAUUUGCUUAGCCUUGCAGGAACGGUGCUGUUUCUAUGCCAACAAGUCUGGCAUCGUCGGGGACAAGAUCAAAAAAUUACAAGAAGAUCUCAUCAAACGAAGAAAAGAAUUAUUUGAAAACCCACUCUGGACCGGACUUAACGGACUUCUCCCCUACCUUCUCCCUAUCUUGGGCCCCCUCCUUUGCCUCCUUCUGCUUAUAACCUUUGGACCCUGGGCAUUUCGCCAUUUUACAGAUCUCAUAAAAAGACAAAUUGAUGCUAUCCUUGCUAAACCUAUCCAAAUUCAUUACCAACGACUGGCAGUAAAAGAUGGUUUUGGUGAAGAUUGCUACGGCUCCCUCCCUACGGGGACGACAUGCUAACCAGAGACAUGUCUACCCCCUCCCUUUACAGGAGAGGGGUAUGAGUACCGGGAUGAGUGCAAAACAAAGUAUUGCAAGGGAAGGUCACAAAAAUUUCGACUUUCUCUGGGUAUCCCUGAGAGCAUGCCUGGCUUGCAUAGAGGUUGGUAUCUACUAUUCUCUAAAAUAAGUUCGGCUCUGCCUCUCCUCCCCAAAAGAUACCAAGAGCCAUCACUGGUGGGCACAGAUGACCCGCGGGAGGAGCCAGGCCCCUGCUCCCUCACCUGGUUAACGCUCACCUUCCUUCUUGUUUUAAAACGGAAAGGGAGGAGAUGUCAGGAGCCAGCUCAGCCUUAUGUAGGCGCCAUUUUAGGCUUAAGUGCCAUCUUAGGUCUUCUUCUUCUUCCUUGCA